AUGGAGGUUGAAAAAGUUUUAGAUGACCGCGUUAACAACGGAAAUAAAGAGUACAAAAUCAAGUGGAAAGGAAUUCCAGAAGAAGAGGCUGAAUGGGAAACGUUAGAUACCCUCGAAAAAUUCAUGGAUGUAAUCAAAGCUUACGAAGAAGUUAAAUCAAGCGGCGAUGAAGAAAUUCCUUUUUCAAAGUCAAAUGAUGACAGUGCAGAAGAAGAGCCGAAAUUCGUAGAAAAGAACGAAACACCAAAAGAAAAAAAGGGAUCCCAAAACGUUAAAUCCGUAGUACAGUCAGAUAGUGAUAGUGAUUUUGAAGAAGAUAACCAAGAAGAUAAUGAGCCUAUUACUGAUGGCAAAGACGAAGAUUUCGGCCCUUCAAAAGAAAGUUCCUCUUCAGACUCAACAAUGGAAUCAGCCGCAGAGAGUUCUGAUUCUGGAAUAGAGGAAAAUGAUGCAGAUGAUACUGGAUCAAUUUCAAUUCUUGGCUGUUAUAAAAAAGAUGGAAACAUUAUGUUCAAGGUUCUUAAAAAUAAGAAUGGAAAGAAGGUUGAUACAUCUCUCAAAGCAUUACGAGCUAAGUAUCCACUUGAAUUAAUCAAAUUUUUCGAAGAUCAAUACGUAUAA